CAGUCAGUUGAUAAAUUCUCUGCACCGUUGCUAUCGCCGGUCAGUCCGCCAGUCAGUCUGUGUUUGCUGCUUGUGGGUCCUGCCAUUCGGUUCACGCAGAACCCCGCUGCGUCGCCUCGCUCCGCGUCUUCUGCUGCACUCUCGACGACCAUUAGCCGUGUGCUCCGCAUUACCGCCUCCUCAAUCCAGGCCCAGAUUCGCAGAUUCGCAGUUUCGCAGAAUAGCCUAAGCAAUAGAAGCCGUCGCCGCGAAAAACGUCACCCUCCUUGCGAGCGAGUCCAGGCGAUUUCUAAGUACGCACUCGACCGAUCCGAACAGUCCCAAACAGCCCGGAAAGCCUUCGACCCCAGUGUUGAGUGGUGCGGCGAGAUGAGUCGGCAGAUGUGCGGCGAGUGCAAGCGCAACACGGAGCUGGUCCACGACCACGCGGCGGGCGACCUCAUCUGCGCCGAGUGCGGGCUCGUGGUGGAGGCGCACAGCGUGGACGAGACGUCCGAGUGGCGCACGUUCUCUAAUGAGGCCGCUAACACCGACCCCGUGCGCGUCGGCGGGCCGACCAAUCAGCUGCUGACGGAUGGCGGGCUCACGACGAUGAUCAGCGCGGGGAAGAACGGGCAGGGCGGAGGGGAGCUGCCCGGGCGGAGAGGGUGGGCCAGCCAGGGCUCGAACCCUGACAGGGAUCUGAUCAAUGCGUUCCAGGCGAUUGGGGAUAUGGCGGACAGACUGGGCCUGGUAGCCACCAUCAGGGACCGAGCCAACGAGAUCUUCAAGAAGGUGCAUGACCUCAAGUCCAUCCGCGGGCGCAGCAACGACGCCACGUAUGCUGCCUGCCUCUACAUCGCAUGCAGACAGGAGGACAAACCGCGCACGUUUAAAGAGAUAGGUGCAGCGGGCAACAACAUAUCGAAGAAGGAGAUUGGGCGGGCGACUAAGUUUAUAGUGAAGCAGCUAGAAGCGGAUAUGGGGGCUGUGGACAUGGGCGCAGUGAAUGCAGGCGACUUCAUGCGUCGCUUCUGCUCGCAUUUGGGCAUGGAGGCAGCAGCGGUGCGGGCAGCCAUGGAGGUGGUGCGCAACACAGAGCAGAUCGACAUCCGCACAAGCCGAGCGCCCAUCUCCAAAGCUGCUGCCGCCAUCUACAUGGUCACUCAGCUGUGCAGCAAGCCCGUGCCCACCAAAGGUAGAGUCUCGGUGCUGCUUGUAUGGUAAAUAUGUGUGCACCUUGGGAGGUGCAUUCACCAGAAGCGCCUGUGCCCACCAGAAGCACCUGUGCCCACCAGAAGCCCAUUGAGGCUUGAGCAGAGCGCCCAGCUCUAAAGCCGCUGCUGCCAUGUACAUAGUCACACAGCUGUGCAGCAAACCCGUGCCGACCAAAGGUAGUGUCAGAUGCAACUUCUUGACUUGCAGUGCUUGGGAGGCGAGUACGGGCGCUGACUAGAGGCGCGUUGCACAGAGCUCCCAUUUCCAAGGGGCGCUUCCACCACCUACACAGUCUUACAAGUCUUUCUUACAAGCCCUUUCUUUCUGCUUUCUUUCCCCUGUGCAUGUCCACAGACUUAUUGUG